AUGCGAUGUUGCCCCCCCCCUCGAGAUUCGUUGACUUCAAUAAGGCUAACAGCAAUCUUUCUUAACAUUGCUGACGAUGAGGCACCGCCUGCCAAAAGAGCCACAUGUUUCGCUAACCGCUUCGGCAUCGAACGUGGCGAACCAGUGUGGUGCCCCGACUUCGGUUAUCGCCCAACAGUUAUGAGCCACUUGGGCCCUAGCGAUGAUUUCUUCAAUGAAUUUCUAGGACUCUCCACAGCGGGCUCCACUGACCUCGUUGAAGCCGACAAGUCAGCGAGUCCAGGAGCAAAUGAAACUUCGCCCCAAAAUGCUGCAGCAAGUCCGCGUUUCGGAUCAAAUGAACACAGCAUCCUCCAGGAGAGUUGUGCAUCAAACAGUUCAGGGAGUAAUAUCCGUGAGGACGUCCUUGCUGAAGUACCGGCCGGCGUGCUUGAACUUUCCAGACAACCGGACUUUGGCGACUUAGUGGAGUCUUGGAUGGCUGACGACAACUCCGAUCUUAUUGUGCCCUGGGGCUUUCCGGAGCCGUCUCACAGGAGCGCGACGGCUCCCUUGGAUAGUGAGAGCUAUGCCGCGGUUGGUCCCGUGCCAGAACGUGGCCAGAAAACUCCGGAUGUGGAAUUGGGCCCCGAUAGGGCAGCAGAUACCGACGUGAGCCCUAGUAAGUCCAUGGACUGUGGAGGCGACGGUGUCCUGGCUAUUGGCGACGGUGUCCUGGCUGUUACCCCGCCUGUUGCCGAGCCGGUUGCCGAGCCGGUCACCGAGCCGUUUGCCAAGCCGGUUACCAAGCCGUUUGCCAGGCCGGUUACCAAGCCGGUUGGUGAGUUGGUUGCCGAGCCGGUUGGUGAGGUGAUUGCCGAGCCGGUAGCACCAUUCCGUAUCGUAGACCCGCAAGAGAUGGGGUUGCGGAUUGGUGCUAGGUACUUGGUGUAUGCUUACGAUGUGCUCAGCAAGGGUUGGUGGCGCCUGGUGCCGUUCAGUGUAGAGGGUUUAUCUGUGUUUGGAUUGGCGUUGAAGGCUCAGGAGUGGGAAGCGAAGAGGAAACCGAAUUUUAUUCUUGGUGCUCGUGCGUAUGAUGCUCAUAUUAAGAACGGACCGAAGUGGGUGGAAUGGAAUCAUUUAGAGUUUUCGUCAUGGUUGAAGGCAGAGCGGGGUAGAGGUCACGAGGAGGAUGUGGGUUUCUGCAUAGAACGACAAUAUACGCGGGCGUUACCUUUGGAGCAAGUGGAAGGUGCGAUUUUAGAUGUAUUGCAGUUUUGGGUCGAAGGUUUAGGGUCUUUUGCCACGGACUUUGGCUCACGAGUGAAGCAUUGGUGGACAGAACGCGGCCAUACCUUGGCGGCAGGACGAGGAGUAUGUGGACCUUGGAUCAGUUGGUGGGACUUUGACCGUUUACUUUUGAAGAAACUCGGCGCUCUAAAAAUAUCACUAGAAGAACUACCCAAGUACUGCCGCCGAGUGGGUCGGAGAGCGCGAGUCCGUGCAGCGGCAGCCGAAGCCUUAGCGUUGGGCGCGACGUCGCGGAGUUUGACGCUGAGCGACGUGGUCCCUGCCCACUUCAAAGUCCUCAAAGGGGACGUGUUCCAAAUCGCGACGGCCGCGGAGGGGGGGCUGCGAAUCGAACCACGAUUCUUGGUCUGGGCUUACGACGUGUUGAGGCAUGGAUUACGCGCGGCCGUACCGGCGAACAUGCCCGGCGCCUCCAAACCGGACGAUACGGACUCCGUCUUUGGGCUUGCCGUGGCAGCACGUGCCUGGGUCCUCGCCGGGAACGAGAUCCCCACCUUGUCCGCCAGCUGCUACAACUGCGGCGAAAAAGGGCAGGGCCAUCACCUCACAGAGCCCUGCGAAAGAUGUGAAAGCCCCUGGAACGUCCAGGAGUUCUGGGAAUGGCUGCGCGCCCGUCACCUUUGCGCCUGGCUGGAUAAUACCAAGGUCGCAAGCUUGACGAAACCCGCCGGUUCGACGAAACCCGCCGGUUCGACGAAACCCGCGGGUCCGACGGAACCCGCGGGUCCGACGGAACCCGCCAGAGACCGGUUGCGCCGGCUAUGCAGGGGCCUAGGCUUCAAGGCUCCGGACGAGGACGAAGGCGAACGGUUUGCGGCGUCUUACGUACAGUGCGCAAGACAUGUCGCCCACCCCUUGGGCUCGGUGGCUGAGGCCGUCAAGGACUGGUGGGAGGCGCACGUUAAGUCCGGCCUGCCUGCCUCCAAGGACGGUUUCGAGCUUUGGGAACUGGAACGACUCACGGUUUACUAUCUGGGCCUCAAGGGUCGCGCCGCAGCGCCAACGCGGGUCCCUGGAGAACCGGGUCCCGGAAGGGCGGCCCCCAUGGGGGCGACUCACAGAACCGUUGUCCCCGGGUUUGGUGGAGGCGGUCUCGGAUUUGCCGUAGAUGGUUCGUCGUUCCGUAUUGCGACUCUGGCAGAGGAAGGUUUGCAAAUUGGUCCUCGGUUCUUGGUAUGGGCUUACGACAUUUUCCGAAACUGCUGGCCUCAUUUAUCGCCAUUCGACGUGACCGGGUUAUCGGUUUUUGGUCUUGCCAAGAAGGCCGAAGAAUGGGACGAGGCUGGAUACUCCAACUUCACACUUCAGGCGAGUAACUAUAGAGUUGCAACAGGGACCAUAACAGCAGAGAGUCGAUGGGAUGAAUCGAGAUUCCGUCAGUGGCGCAGGUCUGAAGAGUCGAUCCGCACUGGGAGUGUGUGUACCCAAUAUGCUGUCCGAAUUGCACAAAACAAAGUGGAAGCCGCGCUGCAGGACGUGCUGGUUAGCUGGUCGUCACGGAUGGCCCCUGACGCCGAAUUCAGAACCGCAAUGGACUACUGGUGGAAUUCUCGCGCUGCCGAGUUCGAACCGAAGCCAGAGGAUAGCAGCAUGUCAGAAACUUUCCCCAUACCGGAGGCUGGCACCAUGUCGAAGAUUAAUACCGCAAAUAACACAGGUCGGGGAUGGAUAGCAGCUCCGGCGUGGAAGACUGGUGGUCUGUCUAGGUGGGAGUUUGAGGGUGAAUUCGUCAGAAUGUUGGGUAAUAUGCGUAAGAGUUUGGAGGAUGCACCGAAGCAAGCUCGUCGUGAGCUGCGCAGACUCCGCUUUAUCGCUACCGGUGUGGCAGCUGGUGGCAUGGCGAAGGAUGUGAUGGGAGAGACCGUACCCCAGUACUUAAUUAGUCUAUCCGGUAACCGGUUCAUGGUAGCCACAAAGGAAGAGGCAGAGCUGCGUCUGCCAUCGCGCGUUUUGGUCUGGUCAUACGACGCCCUGAACCACGACUGGUGCCGUAUGAUGCGACGGGCGACGCGCAAACGGCCACGUAAACACACACACACUAUCUCACAGCGCACCAUUGGGCGACACACGCUGUCGGUAUUUGGACUGGCGAAAUGCGUGGCCGAGUGGGCCAAGGCGGGCAGGGCUCCGAAAACAUUAGAUGCAGGUUGCUAUUCAUGCAACGAAGGCUCCCUUGCUUGCCAUACCCCGACGCAAGAAUGCGAACGGUGCGAGAGUCCAUGGAGCCUUGAGGAGUUCUGGGAAUGGUUACGAUCAAGACACUUUGAUCACAUCUCCAAGCAGUUGAAUAGCCUGGACGCGGAAUCUAUUCCACAUGCGGGACGGAGUGAAGAAGACGCGGGACGGAGCGAAGACGCGGGAUCUACUGGCGGAUAUAAUGAAGACAAGUUGUCGGGAGAUGGGGGCUGGGAAGGUUUUGCCAAACGAAGCCGAAAUCAACUGCUCGGGCCCAUCAAUGAGAUCGGGUUCGACCCACCGACUGAACGUCGAGGUGUGCGCUGGGCCUAUUGGAACUUCAUCGGACCCCUCUGGCUCUUCGGCGCCGAUUGGACCAGGCGCUCUUUCCCGACCACGGCCCACACCUGGUGGACGCAACAGACGUCAGCAACUACCCCCUCCGAAGACGGCCUCGAGUGCUGGGAAUGCGACCGGCUCCUCGUCCACCUCUAUUCCGCCGGAGCCGGGCAGUGA